UGGUACGUACAAUCUACGAAACUUAUAAAUCCAUAUAUUGAUAAAACGUCAAUGACUUCGACCGUGCACACCUCGUAGCUUCUAUUCCUUUUAAUCGUCGAACGAUCGGAAGAACAAGGAAGAUCACAUAUUUAAAGAACAAUGAUGUAGAAAAUUCACCAGCGUAGUACAUAGACACGAUGGACAGGCUGACGUAGGAUGUAAUAAUUCAUUGUUCCUUGACAUCAGGAUCUUCUUGGUGAUCGAAUCGAGCUCGAUAAACUCGACACGAUGCCCAAGCAAGUGCCAGUGGAGAAUUUGGUGAUCCCGCCGCAGGACGGUCGGAUAUGCGGGACGAUUUGCAUCUGCCAGAUGACGGCGGUGUUAUCCUCCGUCGCUCUGGUUUAUCUGACCGUGGCGAUUUACAUGCCGAGCACGCGAGCGUUUCAAUCUGGUAUCAGCGAGAUACCAGUGAUGUGCACGACAAUACGCGCGAUCAACGCGGAUAAUUGUGAAUGGGGCAGCUGUGGAGAGUGGUGCCUGUCGAAAACAUCCGGCCCUUGCGUCCAGAUUCAUGUAAAUCUCCGCAGAAACGGCUCGGCGAUCAUAUUAGCGAACUGUACCAAUACCACGAACAAGACCUGUUACGGUAUCGAUCAGGAAAACGCGAAGAAAUCGAAAUGCAUCGCGGACGAGUGUCGCAAUCUCACCGGUACGUUCAACUGUACGUCUGGUGUAUGCAUUAACAUCACAGACGCGUUCGAGUGUAUAUUCCACGACACGGAUCCACCGUUGAAAUGUUCCGGUAGACGCGGUAAGAUAACCUGCAUAGACAUAGACGGUCUGUUUAAUUGUAACCGUGGAACCUGCGAACGUAUCAGAACACCCUACAACUGCGACCGUAGGUGCGUCGAUAUCCCGACCAGGAACAAAAAUAUGAUUUUAUUGAGCGGCGACAAGGUUUACCUGAGUCAAUGCGAGAGAGCUAUAGACGUCGAGACGAAUCGGGAAAUCUGGCACGAGGAUCGUGGUGACGUCAUGAUGGCGUCCUGUUAUGGAAUAUUCAACUCCACCUUGGGCGUCGAAGCUGUUGAUUGUAUCAAUGGAUCCGUUUUAGAGAAAGAUCUUCUCUCUGAUCUGACGAAUUUCACCUAUCUGUCAUAUCUCAACAUAUUCGCGACGAAACCACUGGAUGAAACCAGAAUGGUUGCUCCACCAGAGCAAGAUCUUAUCAUCGCUAACGAAAGUCGUCUGCUAAUUAAUCUCGAGGGUUGCGUCAAUACCCUACGCGAGGAAUGUAAAGAAUUCCUUCACGUAUAUGGGAAGGAUGGUUCUGAUCAUAACGCACGCGCUAGAUUUCCAUGUUAUUACGCUGAGGGUAACACUGAAGUCGUUGUAUCCCGAUUUAACCUGGAAAGCACUUACAAGGAGUUUCUAAUCGCGUUGGUGUUGCCCAGUGUACUGUUCGUCAUCAGUUGUCUGACGUUGAUCUUUUGUCAGAGGACCGUGGUGGUCGGAGAUGAUGCCAAGAUGAGAUUUAAGGGCACAGUUGGUGCCGGCCUCACGUCGAUAGAGAAGAGCGCUUCGGGUAACCUAGGGGAUGCUGGCGGAGGAAACUCUGCUAUGGCGCUCUGAGAUCCGUCACGCAUUCCCCUCCUGGAGGAGAGUCCGGCUCGUCAGUCGAUAUUCUCCCUGCGCGGGCAUUAUUAAGGUGUAGGGAGGGGGGGAACGCGUGGUUGAAAUUCUCAUCUUGCAAAAAAACAAAAACUACAAAACAAAAUAUACAAAUACUUCUGCAGAAAGCGCAAACUAUUUUUGAAAAACAAGCAAAAAUAUACAAAGAGAGAGAGAGA